AUGACUUUUGUCUAUGCAAAGAACUCGGUUAUAGAGAGAAAGGAGCUAUGGGAGGAGCUCCGCCAGCUGAGCAGACAUCAAAUGAUUAAAGAACAUGCUUGGGCAAUCCUUGGCGACUUCAAUCAGCACCUGCAUAUUAACGAUAGAUCUGAUCGCAUGAUGCCAACCUCAUUACAAGGAAUCGAGGAUUUCAGACAGUGCAUUGAUUCAACAAGUAUUACAGAUAUGGCUUACCGAGGCUUGCACUUCACCUGGUGGAAUAACCACCAGCUUGACCCGCUAGCUGUUAAACUGGACAGGGAAAACUGGGAGUAUGAGACAGUCGAGGGAAAUCUGCAGGACAGACUGAAAAUCGCUUUAAAACGCCUCAAAAAACCGCUAAGGGUGUUGAAUCAGAAAUAUUUCAGCCAGAUUUCGAAAAGAGUAAAGGAGUUGAGCGACAAAUUAGCAGUAAUCCAAGAACAGCUACUGCAGAUGCCAACACCGGAUUUGGUGCAGGCUGAACAUAAAGCCAGGAAAGACUGGAAUACGAUGUUGCUUGCUGAAGAAAGUUUUCUCCGCCAAAAGUCGAGGGUUCAAUGGCUUAAGCUAGGAGACAAGAACUCAGGGUUCUUUCAUAGAUCGAUAAAAGGCAGAUUGUCGGUCAACCAGAUUCAUGAUCUGAUCAAUUCGGAAGGAAAUCGCAUCCAAACCAGGGACGAGAUUAGGAAUCAUGUCAUCGAUUUUUACACCAACUUGUACGGGGGUGCUGGAACAAUUGGGGAAGACACUCAAACAGAGGAGUUGCGCAGUUUACUCUCCUACACAUGCUCAGAGGAUUCAGGCAAAAAUCUGACCGCUGAGAGACUGAAGCCACUGCUCAGUGAAUGCAUCUCGGGGAACCAGACAGCAUUUCAAUCAGGAAGACUUAUGUUGGAGAAUGUACUUCUGGCUUCUGAAUUGGUAAAGGAAUAUGGGACUGUUAGAGGCAAAAACAAUGUCAUGAUAAAGCUCGAUAUAAGGAAGGCUUUCAACUCAAUCAGAUGGGACUUCCUCACUCAGGUUAUGAAGGCUAUGAAUCUGCCAGACACUUACAUUCAGUGGAUCAGAGAAUGUAUCACGACAACCUCAUUCUCCGUCAAUAUUAACGGUGAACUCACAUGCCACUUUAAGGGGAAAAGAGGACUCCGCCAAGGAGAUCCUCUUUCCCCGUACCUAUUCAUCAUUGUAAUGGAGGUUCUUUCACGGAAACUGGACAAGGAGGCAUCAUUGGGGAACAUCAGGCUACAUUCAAAGUGCUCUGACCCUCUAACCACACACUUAAUUUUUGCAGAUGACCUAGUGAUCUUCAGUGAGGCAUCUAGGACGUCUCUAGACUCUAUAAGAAGCUGUCUGACUUGGUUUGGAUCCAGAUCUGGGUUGAUCAUUAAUGCUGGCAAGUCCGAAAUAUUCUUCGGAGGAGGAGCAGAAUUGGAAAACCAGAAUUUGGCGGCAACACUUGGUGUACCUAAAGGAAAUUUUCCAAUGCGUUACCUUGGGUUGCCAGUGAGCCCAAGACGAUUGAAACCGACAGAUUACGAGCCAUUAUUAGAGAAGAUCCGGAGGAAAAUCAGCGCAUGGUCAACACGACUACUGUCAUACGCGGGCAAAGUGCAACUGGUCUCAUCAGUCAUUUACAGCAUGGUAAACAGUUGGAGUCAAACGAGUACACGGAGAGCAAAAAUUUCUUGGGCUAAUAUCUGUAGACCCAAGUGUGAAUGGGGACUUGGAAUCAAAAGGCUGGAGGACUUGAACAAAAUUUAUAGGCUGAAGAUGAUUUGGGCUUUUUUCAGGGACUCGAGCUCGUUGUGGGUUGCUUGGCUGAAGGUAAAUAUUCUGAAACGGGAAACAUACUGGACUGCAAAGCCAUCUGCAAACAUAUCCUGGAAUGUCAGAAAAUUAAUCAAGAUGAAAGAAGUGGCGAGAGGGUUUGUUCGGUGCAACAUAGGCAACAGACAAAAAACAAGCUUCUGGCAUGAUCAUUGGACCGAAUUGGGACCCCUCAUUGAGUACAUUGGAAAUCAAGGACCGAGACUAUUGAGAUUACCAAUCCAAGCGAAGGUAAUCGACGCAACUCGGGAUGGAAGAUGGGCGCUGCUAGGGGCUAGAACGCAGGAGAUUCAGAAUCUCCAUGUAGAGCUGAUGCGUAUUCCAGUUCCAACUUGCCCUGCCACUAGCGGGGAAGGUCUGGCCAAAUCCGCCGGCGGAGCUCUCAGCAUGCCAAGCUUGGCUAGGAUUAUGGGACAGAUUCCCAACGGCACGAACUGUGCAGCAGAUUUUGGAGGAGUUACCCAUUUGCAUACUCGAGCAGCCAUGGAUGGUCAUCUCCAGCACCUAACAGCAGAGGAAGGACACCAUGGAGGACGUGAAGUGUGGGUUGAAGAGAAAAUGCUUAAGUAA